AACUAUUCCUUUUCACUAGGAAAUCAACAAGAUUACCGGUGAUUUUUGUUCAUCAGUUUCACUGCAAAGUUCAUCAAUCAUUCCUACAAAAAUAGGGUUACCUUUGCACUGAUCUUAAUCAUCAGCUUCAGAACACCAACCAGAACUUGUAGCUUCUUUUAUUCCACCAACCGAGGGCGUCGAACGUCUCCCAUCCUGCUUCGUCUUUACUCCUUCGCUCGUCUCUGUUCCUUGCUUCCUCUUCCCAUCACUGUAGGCUGUUAUGAAAGCAAAUGACGGUUGUCUUUUAUACCCGUCAUAACCGUCAUCUGAGACGCUGGGCAAAGAUGCUCAGGAGCGAGUCGAGCGGGCGACAGAUGAUUCCACACUCCGCAGCCCUGCGUUGUCUCCUCGUCCUUUUGCUCGCCGGCGCCAUCUUUGGACUUGGAGAGCGCCUCGGGGCCAAGGAGUGCGAGGACUUGGGGUUCACGGGCCUCGCCCUCUGCUCCGAUUGUAACACCCUCGGCGAGUACGUCAAGGAUAAAGAAUUGGUAUCAGAUUGUCGUAAAUGUUGCUCAGAGGAUUCCGAUGAUUCCUUAAGUAAGGUUACGUUCUUGGGUGCAAUUUUAGAGGUAUGCAUGAGGAAGUUGAUGUUCUAUCCUGAAGUUGCAGCAUUUAUAGAAGAAGAGAAAGAUGAAUUCUCAUAUGUCAAAUUCAAAUAUGCUUAUGCAUCCCCACCGAAACUUAUCAUGCUGGACAGUGAGGGUAAUGAAAAGGAAACCAUAAGAAUCGACAACUGGAAACGUGAACACAUUCAGCAAUUUUUAAAAGAAAAAGUGAAGCCUGGCGUAUCUGUAAGCUGAAGGUUCCAUACAUCAUAGAGUUUUGGCAUUGACAAAAGACAUACGACGGGUUUACAUGCUUCACUCACCAGCUCUUUGAGUUUCAAUAAUUAUAUAAGAUUUAUUGCAUAUUUCCACUAUAAAAGUAAGAAUGACACUGGUAACUACAUCAGUAAUAUUUUUUUUUUGUUUUUGUAGUAAUCAACAUCUUCAAAAUCUGCAAUGCUUUUUAUUCAGUAUUCAUGAGUAUCGUACGCAUCCUAUGAGUUAUCAUUUGUAUACUGAGGUUCAGCAACUUAUGCUUCUUGGUUGCAAUUCUAAUUCUAGAAUGACUC